AGAUAUUGAACCAAAAGGAUGAAAUAAAACAAUUACAGACCGAGCGAGACAAUUUACUCUGCAAGCUCCAGUCAGCUGGGACCCACCGCAAAGCGGGCGAGGAAAGCGACCAAGAGUUGUCCUCGCUCAAGCGGAACGACCUGCCUCUAACUGAGGCCCAUCAUAAAGAACUGGGCCAAAGCAAGGAGCUAAGUGUUGAACUGCUGGCCUUGGCCCAGGCGCAGGUUGCCUUGCGCAGCCAGCUGGCCGAACAGCACCAGAGUGCUCGGGACACCUCGCAGGACCUUCACGGGGAGCUGGACCGAGUGAGGACCCUCGUUGGCCGCUUGUUGCAGACCAGAGUCAAGCCGGAAGACCUUGCAGCUUUGAACAAGGGUCAGAAAAGCAUGGAAAAAACGCUCCUCGGAAAUCAAGAGGAGAUGAAAGACAUGCUGGGGAACUUGAAGCGCAGCUAUGAGGAGCAGCAGAGGAAACUCGAGGAGGAGAUCGGGGCGAUGGGAAAAGAGCACCAAAUCCAAAGCAGCCAACGGAAACCAUCUGAGGAGACUGUGACAUGUGUGUGCUGUCUGAGUCAACUGAAGGAGGCCAAAGAGGAGAUUUCAAGGCUGCAGCUGCAAGUCAAACAGCUCCACGAGCUCUAUCGUGGAAGGCUGCUGUGCUAUUUAAAGGACAUAACUGAGUUCGUCGAUGGCCUCGGGGGAGCCAAAAUGGCAUCCGAGGGAAACAAAUGGAGUGCCAUUGUGGACAACAUGCUGAGGGAUGUCCGUGCUUCCUAUAGGGCCCGCGAAGAGCAGCUCGCCACUGCCACUCAGGCUUACAAAAAGAGACUGCAGAGGACCACCAAGACCCAUCACGCCCUAAUAUGUGCCUAUAGGGCUCAGAGGCAGCAGAUUUUGGACAAACUAGACCAAGGUCUGGAGCCAGGACCCCCUGAAAGCCAUUUCAGCCUGGAGCCCACUGAGCCAAGAGAAGAAUCCGGCAAACGUCAACAGCAACUUGAGCAGCAUAAGUCAAAGCGGGGGGGCUCAGCGGCAAGUGGCCCAACACCAGGUGGCAGUCGUCAAAACGUCGAGCCGUUUGACCAAUCAGGAGAUGCCAAAACUGGAGCAGAUAUUCCAAGAAUCCUGGUCGGUCAACGCGGAAACAGCUGAAGGAGAUAACGGACCCCGCGCUGUUGGUACAGGGAAUCGAUGAGGAGGAGCACAAGUUUCUCACCGCCAGAGCAACAGGUGUCCCAGUUGCAGGACUAUAUCGAAAAGCAUCUUGACAGGUCGGAAGGUCACACGAUGAUCAUUCAGAUAUUUUCUUUUGAAAGACAUUUUAAAGGCAUUUUUCACUUUUUUUUUUCCAAGAAAAAGUGUUUUAAAAAAAAAAAGACAGACAUAUGUCGGGAUUGUAUGAAAAAAAAUCCGCUCUAUUUAAAAUGCACACUGGACUUCGUACUAACUCACAAGCGCAAUGGCAUGGGAACAGCAUCCCACUCCGCAUUCAUUCGUGUGAUCACUAGGUGGUGUGUUUUCUCCCCCACUGUGCUCGGCAAAAAAACAAGAAGAAAUCUGGCCUUGAGAAAAAAAUGCCUGGAAUGUUUGUAAAGCUUAUGUCAAUUUCACGAGCUGGGGAGAAGAAAGCGCAGCGACAAUGAGGGGUCACCCUGGUGAGAAUAAUGUCAUUACAUGUUACCCAGACGGGUACACGCCCGUCCGUGAACACUUUCCCCUUCUAUGCUCUGUUGUGAGUGCAGCCAUUUUUUUUUU